GUCCGGCUACCCUUUCUUUUGUGUGCGUUUCCUCUCCCAGAGAGGGGAUCGAUCUUUUUUUUCUUCUUUUUCCUUAUUCCUGGGUGGAAAAUCUUAUCGACCUAUAGAAAACCCUAAUUUCUCAUCAGUCUCCGAUCCCUUUUGGUUUCUGUUUUGAUUUUGUGAAAUUUAGAACAGAGCUUUUUGCUUCUUGUUUGUGUCUGGGUGGUUCACGACAUGGAUUUGGAAGCUAGCUGUAAGGAGAAACUUUCAUCUUUUAGGAUAAAAGAGCUCAAGGAUGUGCUUACUCAGCUUGGACUUUCGAAACAGGGGAAGAAACAGGAUCUUGUUGAGCGGGUCUUGACACAUCUUUCUGACGGACAAGCCGCCAGGUUGUGGUCUAAAAAGAAUACAAUGGCGAGGGAAGACGUUGCAAAACUAGUGGAUGAUACAUACAGGAAAAUGCAAGUAUCUGGGGCAAGUGAUUUAGCAUCAAAAGGACAAGUAAGUUCAGAUACUAGUACUCUGAGAGUCAAGGGGGAGCCUGAAGAUUCCUUUCGACAAGAAGUGAAAGUUCGAUGUGUUUGUGGAAGUUCACUGGAGACUGACUCAAUGAUACAGUGUGAGGAUCCUAGAUGCCAUGUUUGGCAGCAUGUUGGCUGUGUAAUUGUCCCGGAAAAGUCAAUGGAUGCAAAUCCGCCACUUCCUGAAACCUUUUAUUGUGAAGUCUGUCGACUUACCCGAGCUGACCCGUUUUUGGUUACAGUGGCACAUCCACUUUAUCCAGUGAGGUUGACUCCAACUACCAUCUCAUCUGAUGGUACAACCCCAAUGCAGAGUGUUGAGAGAACAUUUCAAAUCACAAGGUCAGACAAGGACUUGUUGGCCAAACAAGAGUACGAUGUUCAGGCGUGGUGUAUGCUUUUGAAUGACAAAGUUGUCUUUAGGAUGCAGUGGCCCCAAUUUGCUGAACUACAGAUCAAUGGUAUGCUUGUACGCACAAUUAGCCGACCUGGGUCACAGCUUUUGGGGGCCAACGGCCGCGACGAUGGACCUACUAUAAAACCUUAUAUUAAGGAUGGGAUUAACAGAAUAAUCUUGAGCGGAGGUGACAGUCGGAGAUUUUGUUUUGGAGUUAGACUUGUGAAGCGCCGGACUCUACAACAGGUUCUAAAUUUAAUUCCAGAAGAGACUAAAGGGGAGACGUUUGAAGAUGCUCUAGCACGUGUACGACGCUGCAUUGGAGGUGGAGGUGGAGAUGAUAAUGCGGACAGUGAUAGUGACAUUGAAGUUGUUGCUGAUUUCUUCGGUGUCAACCUCCGGUGUCCUAUGAGCGGUUCUAGGAUAAAAGUUGCUGGGAGAUUUUUACCCUGUGUGCACAUGGGCGGGUUUGACCUUGAGGUGUUUGUGGAGUUGAAUCAACGUUCCAGAAAGUGGCAGUGCCCUAUUUGUUUGAAGAACUACUCAGUUGAACAUGUAAUCGUGGAUCCUUAUUUUAACCGUAUCACUUCUAAGAUGAAGCAUUGUGAUGAAGAUGUGACUGAAAUUGAAGUGAAACCUGAUGGUUCUUGGCGUGUAAAGUCCAAAAAAGAGAGAGAGCUCUCUCAGUGGCACUUACCCGAUGGUAGCCUUUGCCCCUCUGCUGAUGAGGUUAAGCGGAAGAUGGAAACGUUGAUUCCGGUUAAACAAGAAGGUUUCUCAGAUGGUCCAACUCCUCUGAAACUGGGCAUAAGGAAGAAUCGCAAUGGUGUUUGGGAAGUUAGGAGACCUAAUACAAAUGGCCUUUCUUCCAGUAAUAAGGUUGGGUAUCAGGACAAGAAUGUUAUACCGAUGAGUAGUAGUGCUACUGGAAGUGGUCGUGAUCGUGAUGAUGCAAGCGUAAGCCAGGAUGCUAUUGGAUCCUUUGACUUUGGAACCAAUGGCAUCGAACAUGAUUCCAUUUCCAUGAAUGUCGAUUCAAGUUAUAACAUUCCUGACAGAAACCAAGCUGGAGAGGAUGUAAACAAUGAUGUUAUUGUUCUAAGUGAUUCUGAUGAAGAUAACGAUGUAGUAAUCACUACUCCUGGACCUUCAUACAGUGGUUGUCGAGCCGAUGGUGGGGUAAAUUUUCCGUUGAACCCUUCUGGUAUCAUCAACUCAUAUAACGAGGACCCGCACACCAUGGCUGGGGGAAGUUCACGCUUAGGUGGUUUCAACGAUGACGAUGAGUUUGUUACGCCCCUUUGGUCAUUUCCUUCUGAAACUCCAGAAGCCCCUGGGUUCCCACUGUUCGGAUGUGAUACUGACGUUUCAGAAGGUUUACUUGGUUUGCAUCAUCAUGGCGGCCCACUAAACUGUGGUCCUGAAAUAAAUGGAGAUUAUACCAUGGCUCCUGAGACAUCAAUGGCAUCUGAAGCAGUGGCGAACGAUGGAGGCCUAGUUGACAAUCCUCUUGCAUUUGGUAGAGACGAUCCUUCACUUCAAAUAUUUUUGCCAACGAAACCAGAUGCUUCAGCUCAGAAUGGUUUUAUAAACCAAGCUGAUAUGUCAAAUGGUAUCCGCAGUGAUGACUGGAUUUCGCUAAGGCUAGGCGAUAGCGCUGGUGGGAAUCAUGGAGAGGCUACUUCUGCAAACGGGCUCAACUCAAACCAGCAGAUGUCGACAAGGGAAGGUUCUAUCGAUGCUACGACAGAGACUGCUUCGUUGCUUUUGGGUAUGAAUGACAACAACAAGGCAAAGAGGCAAAGAUCAGAUAAGCCAUUUUCAUUUCCUCGCCAGAAGCGUUCUGUAAGACCUCGGAUGUUCCUCUCCAUUGACUCAGAUUCUGAGUGAUAUUUUGUUCUCUUCUCUCUCUCUCGGGAUGAUUCGGUGUUCCUUUUGAUUCUUAUUGCUAUGCACAGAACAAUCAACAUGAUCAUCGGACAGCAUACCGGAGUUAGCCAUGAUUUGCCUUGAUUCUCUGUGCAGUCAAGCAUCGAAUUGGUAGUGACUAUUUAUCUCUUUAUGUUGGUGAUUCUCUUCAGUAACGGUUCAGAAUCUUUGGCAAAGCAAAGCACAGAGGGUGAUUUAGUUUUACUUAAUAGGCAGAAAAAGUGGGCAUAGGUGGUUCCGGGUUAAGUAUACUCGAAUAGUUUUUUCUUAAUUAAUUAUUUUUUGGAAGAUUAUAAAAAUUAUUUGGGUGCCAGAAGCUAUAGAGGCAUGUAACGUUGUAAAUUAUGGGCUCCCUAUUUUUUUUUAUUAUAAAAAUCAGCUCUUAUUGUG